AAACCUAGCGGCGAAACUUCUAAUUUUCCGCAAUCUGUCUCCUUGUGGUCGACCAUGUUGGGUGCAGUAGGAAGAGCCGCUAGCCUUUUGGCUAGCAAAACCACCGAAAAAGUUGGACAAGAAACUCUAAAAGCUGUAUCAUGCUACAAUCAACAAAACCGCAGUUUUGCUGCCAAAGCUGCAGAAGCAAAGGGUAGAGUUGUUGCCGUUAUUGGUGCUGUAGUAGAUGUGCAAUUUGAUGACAAUCUACCCCCUAUUCUCAAUGCUUUGGAGGUGGCUAAUCGUAGUCCAAGACUUGUUCUUGAAGUUGCCCAACAUUUAGGAGAAAACACUGUUCGUACGAUUGCUAUGGAUGGUACUGAAGGUCUGGUUAGAGGUCAGGGUGUUUUGGACACUGGAUACCCAAUCCGUAUUCCAGUUGGUGCUGAAACUUUGGGCCGUAUUAUGAAUGUAAUUGGAGAACCUAUUGAUGAGAGAGGUCCAAUUCCUACUGAUAAACUUGCACCUAUUCAUGCUGAAGCUCCUGAGUUCGUUGACAUGAGUGUAGAGCAAGAAAUUUUGGUUACUGGAAUUAAGGUAGUAGAUCUUCUUGCCCCAUAUGCUAAAGGAGGAAAGAUUGGUCUUUUUGGAGGUGCUGGUGUAGGCAAAACUGUAUUGAUUAUGGAACUUAUUAAUAAUGUAGCCAAGGCCCAUGGUGGUUAUUCAGUUUUCGCUGGUGUUGGAGAACGUACACGUGAGGGUAAUGAUUUGUAUCAUGAAAUGAUUGAGUCUGGUGUAAUCUCCUUGAAAGACAAGACCUCUAAAGUAGCCCUUGUCUAUGGACAAAUGAACGAACCUCCAGGCGCCAGAGCUCGUGUAGCUUUGACUGGUUUAACUGUCGCUGAGUAUUUCCGUGACCAGGAAGGACAAGAUGUAUUGCUUUUUAUUGACAAUAUCUUCAGAUUUACUCAGGCAGGUUCUGAAGUAUCUGCUUUACUGGGUCGUAUUCCAUCAGCUGUCGGUUACCAACCAACUUUGGCGACUGACAUGGGUAGCAUGCAGGAAAGAAUUACAACCACUAAGAAAGGUUCAAUUACAUCAGUACAGGCCAUUUAUGUACCUGCUGAUGAUUUGACUGAUCCUGCUCCUGCCACAACUUUCGCUCACUUGGACGCAACCACUGUAUUGUCCCGUGCCAUUGCUGAAUUAGGAAUCUACCCUGCUGUCGAUCCUCUUGACUCUACAUCUCGUAUUAUGGACCCAAAUAUUAUUGGGCAAGAACAUUACAAUGUUGCUCGUGGCGUACAGAAAAUCUUACAAGAUUACAAAUCUUUACAGGAUAUCAUCGCCAUCUUGGGUAUGGAUGAAUUGUCUGAAGACGACAAGUUAACUGUAGCCCGCGCCCGUAAAAUCCAACGUUUCCUUUCACAGCCUUUCCAGGUUGCUGAAGUUUUCACCGGUCAUGCUGGUAAAUUGGUACCUCUUGAAGAAACUAUCAAGGGAUUCCAAAAGAUUUUAGGUGGAGAUUACGAUCAUCUUCCUGAAGUAGCAUUCUACAUGGUUGGCCCAAUCGAAGAAGUCGUUCAAAAGGCUGAAAAAUUGGCCGAAUCAUCUUAAGCAAAUAUUUAUCAGUGAUUUUAUUACAGUCGAUUCUUUAUAAGAAUGUUCCAUCUGUCUUCAAAUAAGUACCAUUUUUUUUUAUAAAAUCUAGAUUGUUCAAAACAUUUGGAUAUUUUUUUUCUACCGAUCCAUCGUGCACUUUAAUUAUAUUAUUGUUGUAUUUAAUAUUUUAAUUAUUUAAAAAUAGAUUUAA